AUGCGUCGUUACCAGAAGUCCACUGAGCUGCUCAUACGCAAGCUGCCCUUCCAGCGCCUGGUGAGAGAAAUCGCCCAGGACUUCAAGACCGACCUGCGCUUCCAGAGCUCCGCCGUGAUGGCCCUGCAGGAGGCUAGCGAGGCUUACCUGGUCGGCCUGUUCGAGGACACCAACCUGUGCACCAUCCACGCCAAGCAGUUGACCAUCAUGCCCAAGGACAUCCAGCUGGCCCGCCGUAUUCGCGGAGAGCGCGCAUAA